UCGUUUUUCGAAACCACCACGAGAAUUAUCUUAUCGCGGCGUUCGAGACGCGAGUUUUAUCGGCAGCAAUCAUCGGGCGGGGUUUACACGUGGUGCGUCGCGCGGAAACGCAGUCGACCAAAGAUUCUGCGUUACGGGACGAGUCUUUUUUUAAUUGGUACGAGCGCCGUGUGCGGGAUUGUUUCGUAUCUUCUGAGCCGACCGGUACAGGCUAUGCUCACGAACGCGAAGUUGCCCAGCUAUCCGUGGGACUUCGAGGGUUACAUGACAUCCCUGGAUCACACGGCCGUGAGACGGGGGUGGCAGGUGUACAGAACCGCCUGUUAUUCCUGCCACAGUCUUCGCUACUUGCGCUUCAUGGAUUUGGUGGACGUGUCGCACACGAUGGACGAAGCCAAGGCUAUCGCGGCCGAGUUCGAUGUUGAAGAUGGGCCCGACGAACAGGGAAAUUACUACACGAGACCUGGAAGACUGUCGGAUUUGGUGCCGCCACCCCAAGCGAACGAGGAAGCUGCCCGAGCGCUUAAUUUCGGCGCGUAUCCGCCGGAUCUGACUUACAUAAUUUUCGCGAGGAGGAACGGCAGAAAUUACCUAUUCUCCUUUCUGACUGGAUGGAUGGAUCCGCCGGCGGGUGUAUAUUUAGCCGAUCAUCAAUCUUUUAAUGCUUAUUUUCCCGGAAACGUGGUCGGAAUGGGACAGAUGCUGUCCGACGGAAUGGUGGAGUACGACGACUGUACUCCGUCGACGACAUCGCAAAUGGCGAAAGAUUUGGUCUCGUUUUUAUCGUGGACGUCAUCGCAAAAUCACGACGAGCGCAAACGGAUGUUCAUAAGAGCCAUGGGAAUUCUCAUCAUAUUGUUGGUCUCGGUCACUCACUACACGCGCUACACUUGGUCGUACAUGAGGAGCCGACAGAUCGCGUACGUGCCCAAGCACAAGUGUUAAUUAAGAAAAAUAUAUUAGUCACAAUAACAAUUAGAUAAGUCUCGUGUAAUGUCUUUCACACAUCAGUUGUGCGUAUCGAAUAUUUUGCGUGCGUAUAAUAAAAUACACAAAAUCAAACACGCGCGCGCACACACACACACACAUUCCCGGAUAAUGUCGCUCCACAUGUAUUAAAAGUCUAUUUUUGUCCAUGUCUUUACGUAUAUAUGUACGUGUAAAUAUUUAUGAAUGUACACGUGUGAAUUGCGCGAGCAAGUUAUAUACGCAUGAGAAAUAUAUUUCUUCCGUAGUGAGCAACCACUCUCCUCCCAUUAAUGCGAUGAGUGGACAAAUAUACUCCGAGGUAUGUGCAAAAUAUACGCGGACGGAAGCGCUAAUCUGCUUUUGAAUGAAACCUCCGCAUUGACGUCACACACACACAUACAACGGGAGACGCGGGAAGACUUGUGUGUCCGCCGAACGGAUUCUAUCGUUAUCUAAGGGUAUAUGUACGUACGCGCGCGCUCGGAUUUGCGAAAUCGCAUGGCAUUUUGCGCAUGCUGCCAAACAUCGUUGCGCGCUGCUUGCCCCAACUCCCCACCGUCUCCUCUGGGCCCCCCCCUCGCAAAUCACGAAUCUGGAGAAGCUUACGUCGAGCUCUCAGAAUAGUGAAUCCCGCUCGGAAAUAGCCUCGCACUUUCAGUAACAUGGCCAUAUGGUCGUGUGGCCGCGAUAAAAAUACGCUCUCACAAAACGUCGAAGCUCAUAUCCCCGAUGCACAUUUUGA